GACCGAACCAUGCACCCCUAGUUUAUAUUUCUUCUCUCUUCUCUACGGCUCUACCUCUCUUCUCCAGGCAGCCAGCCACCAUUCUGUCAUUCUUUUCCCCCAACCGCCGUGCGUUCGCCAUUCACUUUUUCCGGUUGAUAUAUAUAAUUGGGAUGAAGGAGAAUGAGUUACCUCUUAACAACAUUGUUAAAGAAGCACGAGGUUGAUUCCAUCAUCAGAGACACCAUCGACAAGGUUCUUGUCCUCCGCUUUGGUCGUGCCUCCGAUUCUGUCUGUCUCCAACUUGAUCAAAUUCUUUCGAAAGCUGUGAGGGAUGUGUCCAAAUUCGCAACAGUGGCACUGGUUGAUGUUGACUCAGAGGAUGUUCAGGUUUAUGUCAAGUAUUUUGACAUUUCUUUGAUUCCUUCCACGGUGUUCUUCUUCAAUGCCCAUCACAUGAAAAUGGAUUCUGGGACUGCAGAUCACACUAAGUGGAUUGGCGCUUUUCACAGAAAGCAAGAUUUCAUUGAUGUUGUAGAGGCGAUAUUUAGAGGAGCAAUGAAAGGGAAGCUUAUUGUGAAUUGCCCUCUCCCACCUGAAAGAAUUCCAAAAUACCAGUUAUUGUACAAAGAUGUCUGAAUGAAAGUGAAUACCAGUUACCUGUUGUAUAUACUUGGGAUUUGCACAUUAUACUACUAGUUUUCAGAGUUGACUAGUCCCCUUCUAUAUCCUUUUUAUUCAUUCACAAGACUGGAAUAUGACAACAAGGGUCGAACCAUUUAUAAGUGUUUGAUAAAAUAAGACAUAGGUUUCUUGUUGGGGACUACAAUGGCUAUGGUUAGUUGGUUACCAUGUCUAAGUUGCCAUCACAUAGGAAAGUAGGCCAGAGUGAAAGAAGAAUGAUGCGGCAACAAAAGGUAGUUACACUUGCAGACUCCUAAACUUUGUUAGGGUAAACCACAAAAAUUGUACUCGAAUUAUCUCUAUUGACAAAAGUGUCUCCGAAUUUUGUUAUUGACAAGAAUAUUCUCAAAUUAUUUAAAAAAUGCGACAAAAUAAUAAAAAACGAUCACUUUUUGUAUUUGAGAAAAUUUAUAUACAUUUAAUUAAAAAUUUUAUUAGAAUAUUUAGAUAACUAUUUAAAAAAUACACAAAAAAAUCAAAUAAAAAUUUUAUCUCUAGAUUUUUUUAAAUUGGUUGUUGAUAAAUAAAUCACAAAAAAUAUAUAUAUUUAAUAAAAAAAUUACCAAAUUUUAAAAAUAAAAAUAUCUUAUUUUUUCUGAUUGUGUUUGCAAAAAAUUCUAUUAAAAUUCAAUUUUUAAAAUAGAUAUUUAAUAUUAGAUAUUUUUGUUGCAUUUUUAAAUAAUUUAAAAAUAUUUUUAUCAAUAAAAUUUGGGAAUAUUUUUAUCACCGCCAAAAUAAUACAAUGUUUUUACUGUUAGUGGAAAUCUCGGAUAUUCAAACCUGGCAUGUUAGAGAUGCAGUCAUCAGUCACAUUCAUAUAGAAAUUAAAUUAAAGGAGUCAAUACAUUAUUUUCUUUUUAAUGUACUAUUUUGAUUAUUAUUUUUGUCAUAAACUAUAAUAGCAGUAUUUAUUUAGUGUUGUGCGAAAUUAAAUCAUCCUU